AACCUGGGAUGCGUCAGAGACCAAACAUGGCGGCGCUGAGAGGGCAGCUUGCUUAGCUUUGCUGGAUGUUUAUUAAUCUAUUCGCUAAGCUUUUUUGCUCUUCUAGAAAAUGAUAUAUAAUACGGGCUAAUGUCGGGUUUUUACCUCCUUCCAGAGGACUAACGAGCCGCGUUAACUCUCACACGAAGGAAAAAUCUGUUUCUGCGGGUAGCAUGUAAGCUAACUAGGCUUGUUAUUUAGGUUAGCUUUAGUUAGCCUUCCAGCUAGAACCUGCGGGAGGAGCGAGGACAGUCAGCAGCACUUAAUCCAGGAGUUAAUCCGCUCACUGAGACACUGCAUUUCUUUCAGACUACGUUUAAACCUCCGAGAAACUAGAGGAAACGACAGAUACCUGAACUAUCCGGCAGCACACAGCAGAAACACCCAGCUCUGAAGCUAAUCGACUAAUCAGUAACUGAGAUUCCGUGAUCUACAGCCAGCUACACCCACAUCUGUGAUCAAAACAGAGAAGAUGGAACUUAGUUUAAACCACGUUGAUUAUCUUCAGGUCGGAGUAACAUCCCAGAAAACCAUGAAACUGUUACCAGCAGUGGGACGAAAAGCGACACAAAAGGUUGCUGUUGCAGACCACGAUGGUGUAGUGAACUGUUUCGGGAUGAAAAAGGGAGAGGCUGUGCCUGUUUUCAAAAGUCUCCCAGGGCAGAAGAUCUCCAGACUAGAACUGGGAGGAGCUUUAGGAACCCCUCAGGAGAAAAUCUUUGUAUGUUCUGGCUCUGAGGUCAGGGGCUUCACCAAAAAGGGAAAACAGUUCCUUUCUUUUGAGGCCAAUCUGACUGAGAGCAUUAACGCCAUGCAUGUUUCUGGAGCAGAUCUUUUUGUCUGUGCCAGCUACAUCUACAAUCACUACUGUGACUGCAAAGACCAGGACUAUUACCUGUCAGGAGACAAGAUCAAUGACAUAGUUUGUUUACCUGUGGAAACAGUGGGCCGUACAGUGCCUGUUCUGGCCUGUCAGGACAGAGUUCUUCGUGUUUUACAGGGCUCUGAGCUGUUAUAUGAUGUUGAGGUUCCUGGACCUCCAUCUGUUCUGGAGCUUCACAACAGAGAUGGAGGUAAGAAUGGGGAGGAGGUGCUGUAUGGAACCACUGAUGGGAAACUGGGUCUGAUCCAGUUAACCAGUUCUGCUCCUGUCUCUAAAUGGGAGGUGGACAAUGAGAAGAAAAAAGGAGGGGUGCUGUGCAUCGAUACCUUUGACAUUCUGGGUGAUGGUGUGAAAGAUAUUCUGGUGGGCAGAGAUGAUGGGACAGUCGAGGUCUAUGGAUUGGACAGCUCCAACGAACCCACGCUACGCUUUGAGAAUGUUUUGUCAGAAAGUGUCACAUCAAUCCAGGGGGGGUGCGUAGGAAAGGAGUCAUAUGAGGAAGUUCUAACUACCACCUACACAGGUUGGGUGUCAGGCCUCACUACAGAGCCGCAGCAGAUGGAGGCAGGGCCAGGAGAUGAGGUAAAGAUGAGCCGAGAGACCCAGACAAAGGUGGCUGCGCUCAGGGCUGAGUUAGAGCAGCUGCAGGUGAAGGUAAUGCAGGGUCGGGAGAAGUACCAGCAGAGCUCUCAGUCAAGCACGGCCGUAUCUGCGGUGCCCGUCUUUAGCAUCAAUGACAGAUUCACCCUGUGCCAGGAUGACGCCAGCUACAGUCUCACGCUGGAGGUGCAGACUGCCAUUGACAACCUGCUCCUUCAGAGUGAUGUUCCUAUAGAUCUACUAGAUGUGGACAAGAACUCAGCAGUUGUCAGCUUCAGUGAAUGUGAUUCAGAGCCAAAUGGAAAUUUCCUGCUUGCCACCUACAGAUGCCAGGCUAACACUACAAGGCUGGAACUUAAGGUGAGGUCAAUUGAGGGUCAGUAUGGCACACUUCAGGCCUACGUAACACCCCGUCUGCAGCCCAAAACCUGCCAGGUCCGACAGUACCAGAUUAAACCGCUCUCCCUGCACCAGAGGACUCACAGCAUUGACCAAGACAGACCCAUGAACACUCUGCGGCUGGUGGGCCAGUUUAGCUUUGCGGAGAUUCACUCGUGGGUCGUGUUCUGCUUGCCUGAGGUGCCAGAGAAAACCCCAGCUGGAGAAAACAUCACCUUCUACUUUCAGAACACUUUCCUGGGAACACAGCUUGAGGCCAGCUACUGCAAAGGCGAAGGGAACUUUAAGUCAGAUAAUAUUUCCACCAUAUCCAUACUGAAGGAUGUUCUCUCUAAGGAAGCCACCAAGCGCAAAAUCAACCUGAACAUUUCAUAUGAAGUGAAUGAAGAUUCUGUAAGCCAUACCCUGAAGAUGAUUCACCCUAAACUUGAGUAUCAGCUAUUAUUGGCCAAGAAGGUUCAGCUAAUUGAUGCUUUAAAGGAGCUGCAGGUGCAUGAAGGGAAUGCGGAUUUUCUGAUUCCAGAGUAUCGCAGUAUACUUGACGAAUCUGCUCGUCUUUUAGAAGAAUAUAAGAAGCAGCCAGCCCAUCUGGAAAGGCUGUAUGGCAUGAUAACCGACCUCUUCAUCGACAAGUUCAAAUUUAAAGGACAAAAUGUCAAAACUAAGGUUUCCCAACUUCUUGAAAUAUUAGACAACUAUGACCUGAAUUCUCUGAUGGAGUUUUUUAAUGAUGGAUGAAGAUAGAUCAGUCUGUCAUCAAACUGAAAUUGUAAUGUUUUUCUGUGGUAUUUAUUUGCUGUAUAACAGAUGCUUAAGUAUCAAUGCCAUACUGAGAUUGUGUUAGGUUAUGUGUUGUGUUAUGUAAGAUUAGUGACACCCUGUUUUUCAGACAAAUUGCUCAUGUACUCACUUUAUGUGGGGUCAUUUUUCUAUGUAAUAAAUUUUUCAAGUCAU